AUCCCUGAGUGCUGAGCAACCCCCACACUGUGAGGCAGAAAGAGCAAGAGUGAGGCGGAAGAGAAGGAGGCGUGACGGCAGUAUGACAUUUUAGGAAACGCUGCUACCAGUCACAAGGGACAGAAAACUUUUUUUUUUUAAAAGCACCUUUCUCCUUGGAACUGUUUAUUUCAUUAUUCCAUGAGUGCUGCGAGUUUGCUCAGGUCGUUCAGUCCAUCGAUGCCUGGCCCAGUAAUGCCUAUGGACGUCGCCAUGAGAUUUUACAUCAGCCAGUCUCCGCCUCCUCUCCGAGGUUUCCUCAGCUCCUACGAGGAGCUUCAGAGGAACAGGAACCGGGUCAACCAGUCCACUGCCCACAGCCGGCUCUACAAACCACUGCGGCCAUGUCUCAGCAACCUGCAGAAAGCCGUGGAUGAUGACGGCUGCGCGGGCUGGAACAACAGCAAGGCCGGCAAGAAGAAGGUGGUGUUCGCCGACACCAAGGGCAUGUCACUCACCGCCAUCCACGUCUUCUCCAAGUUCGACGACGAGCCGUUUCAAAGCACGCGCUGUAGGGGAAUCGGCGAGGACCUGCAGUUUGACAUGUCAGACCUGGAAACAGCCACAAUGGAUCUUAAGAUUAGCCCAAUGCGCCACCUGGCCCUGGACUUUAAACAGCCCUCGGCCGACUACUUGGAUUUCCGAAACCGCCUGAUUCACAACUCCGUCUGUUUGGAGAACUGCUCGCUGCAGGAGCGCUCGUUGACCGGCACCAUCAAGGUCCGGAACAUGGGCUUUGAGAAGUCGGUGCAGUUGCGCGCCACGUACGACUCGUGGGCCAGCUUCACCGACGUCGAAUGCACCUUCAUGAACAACAUCUACAGCUGCCAGGAUACGGACACCUUUGCGUUUGUCCUGGAACUGCCGGUCCAAAUCCCGCCGCAGAAUCACGUGGAGUUCUGCAUCUGCUUCAAAUCCCAGGGUCAGACCUUCUGGGACAAUAACGACGGCAAGAACUACGUUCUCAAGCACGGCGGCUGCAACGGAGAGGACAUGAACAUUCACAUGGCCCCGACUUCCGUUCAGCAGAGGAAGGCGUCGGAGCACAAACACGGGGGCGUGAAGGUGCUGGAGAUGGAAUUUGAUCAGUUUGGCAGCCCGCGUAUGUGCAGUGGUCUCUUUCCGGGCUGGCAGAGCUGGGGCCAGAUCGAUAACGCCGUGCCUUACUGGUGAAAAACAUCGGAGUGUUUGAAGAGAUGUCAUUGGAAAAAAACCAGCUGUGGAUAGACUGAAACUGAAGCGAAUAACCUCUGAAUACAAAACCAGUCAGAAACCUAACUGUAAUGUGCUCAACUGAUCCGCUUCCUGCUGUAACAUGGUCAUUUGGCCUGGGGGUGGGGGGUGGGGGUGUGAAGGCCUAAUGAAAUGUGGAUGGAGGACAAAUAAAUGGAGAAAAAGCAAUUAUAAUUUUUUCACAUACUGCUCGUUUGUAAAAUAUUAAUGUGCCUUCUCAGAGUGCCUGCCCACUAAAAUACAGACAAUUUGUACAGCCCACUGAAAGUGUUGAGCCCCUUGUGAGGGCCUGAUGUAACGGUUCAAUAUGCACUGAUUGCGAUGUCCCUCUCAAUGUGAUGUCUGUAAACUGAAGACGUGGAAAUGGAGCUGAUUAAGUCCUUCAUAUUGAAGGGAAGGUACGGGGGAGUGCAUGGCGACACAAUGCUUCUCUACUGAAAGAAACGCAAUUGAUUCAUUUCUAAUGAAAAAUGCACACUAAGCUUUUGCACCUUCAAAGGAAAAAAAGAACAAUAAAAUAUGAUUCAAAAGGGCCGUAAUUAUUUUAAUUCUGAGUCAUGCAACCCUUAUUUUCCCUUUUAUGUUAAUUGCACACUGUUUGAAAGAUGUAAUAUUGAGGUUUAUUGAAGAGCUAUCGGAAGAGAGACUGUGUACGUGAUUGGCUGUCUCGAACGAGGAAGACGUUUUGGAAAUUUUGGUGGUUCAAGUAUGUCGAGCAAAGCAAAAAAUGAUUGAAGAUGAAUGUUUAUAUUUGCCUGUUUUAGGAAGUGCAAUUAUGAGAUGAGCGUACAGUAUGUGUGGCUGCAAGUGGGAUCUCUUCUUUGUUUUCUCAACAUGAAGAAAGGUCUUUUCUCCCAGCAUUUUUGUUUCACUUGAAGGUGUGUGUGAUGGAUUUCCCUUGCAGAAAUAAAUUUUUAUAUUUGUGCUAAAAACUUCACGACUCACGAAACUUUUGUUAUGAAUGUUUUGGUUUGUUUGUGUUUUGUUUUUGCUCAGUAUGAUAAUUCAAGAUAUGACUACCAGGUGUUUAAGUGUGUAUUAACAUUUAAUAUGAUAAUGUAAUAAUGAUUUAGAAAUAAAAGUCGAACGAUUAA